ACUAACUACUGUUGUGAUAUUCUUAAAGAACUUGAUAAUAAAUCUAAUAUCCAUCCAUUUUACAAAUAUUAUGAAAUGGAAGUUUCAGAUAAGACUAUAAAAAAUCCAAUGGAUCUAUUUACUAUAAAUUCAAAAUUAGAAAAUAAUCAAUACAGAAGUACAGAAGAAUUUGAAAAAGAUAUUCGUCUUAUAUUUCACAAUUGUUAUACAUAUAAUGAUGUAGGAAGUGAAAUAUAUUGUUUGGGAGAAGAAUUAGAAUCAGAUUUUAAUAAAAUA